AUGAGUCAGGAGUAUUCCAGACCAAUGAGCACAAAGUUGCCGUCGCUGCAAAGCAGCCUGCAGGCUGAGGAUACGUCAACUUUCACUAACCUACACAAGGAUGUUGAGGAAGAGGGGGUGCUGCCGCUGCCGCAAUCCUCAACAUGGGAAGACGCAGAAGACGAGUGCGAUCCAUGCGCAGUCGCAGAGGUAGCUCCGACUCAGCUCUGCAGGCUCAGAAUCAACAGCCACAGCGAGGUGCUGAAGACGGCGGAUCGCGAACACAAGCAGAGGCAGCCCGGACAUGCGCUGGACGUCUAUAGCUGUUGCACGUGA